AUGCCAUCAGUCACUGAUACCAAAACACAGCCGUCUACUACAGCAAAUGGCAGCACCACCAAUACCAACAACAACUCUACUGACGACGACUGGUUUAGUCCAUUGCCCUUGGAUGAAUAUCUUAAAAUUAAUGAACUAGCCAGACAAAACGUUCCCAAGACUAGGCCAAUCGAUGAAAAUGAUAAAUUGGGAGACUACGACAUCAGAUGUGGUCCUACUUUACGUUUUGCUGGUACUUUGGAAAAUAAUACUGCCAACUAUAGAGGCUCAAUUAUGUUGGUAAUUAAAGACUGUCCUAACGAUAAACCACCAUCAAUUACUUACAAGAUUGGGCCUGCUGCUGACACUGCACCCAAUGGUCAAUUUUCAACUGGGGAAUUCCCUGUGACGAAGUAUUAUGAAGAAGAUGGUUAUUCCUUCUUUAGGUACACCAUUGAAUUACAAUUGGCUGAAUACGAACAAAAGAUACAAUACUAUAUUGACAAGUUUUUCAAAAAGUCGUUUCAAUUCUUUAUCCCUAGUGCUGAGCAAAGUAUGAAUGUAAUUUCAUAUUCGUGUAAUGGAUUUAGUUUAGGUUCUGAUGCAUCGGAAUAUAAAUCUUCCCUUUGGUUUGACGUAUUAGCCAAACAUUCACAACAACAUUAUCACGUCAUGCUUGGUGGUGGUGAUCAAAUUUAUUCUGAUGCCAUUAAAUUACACUCCAAGAAAUUAAAAGAAUGGACCGAAAUCAGCAAUCCAUUGAAAAAGAGAAAUGCUCCCAUCGAUGAUGAAGUUUUGGCAGAAUUUUGUCUGUUUUAUUUGAACCAUUAUAUGAACUGGUUUGGUAAGGGGUUUUGGAAGGGGAGUGUAUCUCAAGUGGUGGAAGCUUUAUUUCCAUUGAGUAUGUCACAAAUCCCCAUGGUUAACAUCUAUGAUGAUCAUGACAUUAUUGAUGGCUUUGGUUCGUAUCAUGAUUCAACUAUGCAAGCACCAAUAUUUUCAACGGUGGGUAACGUUGCCUACAAGUAUUAUAUGUUAUUCCAACAUCACAUGAACCCCGAAGAAAAAUUGCAUUUGAAUGAUCCUUCAUGGGUGUUAGGUAAAGAAGGUCCAUUUAUCAAGCAAAAGAAUCAUUCAGUAUUUAUGAGGUUAGGUAAAGAAGUUAGUCUCUUGGGAUUGGAUUGUCGUACUGAACGGAAAUUAAAACAAAUCUGUGACCCACAAACCUACAAGAUUAUCUUUAACAAAAUGAAUGAAACGUUGCCAGCUGGUGGCGAUGUCAAGCACUUGUAUGUCAUGCUUGGUGUGCCUAUCUUUUACCCAAGACUAGUUUGGUUGGAAUGGCUAUUAACUUCAACAGUAAUGACCCCGUUGCGUAAAUUGGCCACCAAGGGAGUAAUCAAUAAAGGACUAGUCAAUGAAUUUGACGGUGACGUUGAAGUCUUGGACGAUUUAAAUGAUCAUUGGUGUUCCAAGUAUCAUAAACGCGAACGGAAUAAAUUAAUCAAGGAUUUAAUGGAAUUUGGUGCCAAAAAGGGAAUCAGAAUUACUAUAUUAUCCGGUGAUGUACAUUUAUGUUGUAUUGGUAGAAUGAAGUCCAAGUAUCAUCAUCACCCCAAUGCCCAUGUUUUGCAAGGAGUUAAAGAAGUUGAGAAAUUGAAUAAAGAUUUAACGGCCCAUCCUGAAAAUGAUCCACGAUUAAUGUUUAAUGUUAUAUCUUCAGCCAUAGUCAAUGCACCUCCACCCGAUGCCAUGGCUACAUUGUUGAAUAAGAGGAGUGGCACCCACCAUUUCAAUCAAGAUACUGAUGAGGAUGUUGUACCUAUUUUCGUCAAGGAUGUUGAUGGGUCACAAAGAAACAACCAUCAAUUUUUAAAC